GACCUUUAAUAUGCCACAGUGUAUUUUCAUAAUGUUUCGUUUCCAUAGUUAUUUAUUUUAUAAGUAAUCUCCUUGAAAGUUUGACUUGUUUUCUUUAUUUUACCGUCAUUUCCUGUUUUUAGGUUGGUGCUUUUAUUUUGAUACAGUGUGUAACCGGAAAUCAAAAAAAAGACGAAUCUGCAGAUCUGCAGCGUUUGCACGGCACAAACGAGUCAAUUAAAAGUUCAAAAACGCUAAGAAAAUGUCUACUAAUAAUUUCGUUUAGCACCUGGCUGAUAAGGGCACAAGCUCUUACGGUGUGUUCAAGGUGUGUUUUAUUGGAGCAACGUUAACGUUAAUAAACCUAUGAACCAUCAGUUAAGGAGUUCGACCAUCAUUCAGCCGGGGACGCUACAGUAAGAGCUUCACCUCAUCAGUCCCACCACACUCAUGUCCAAGGAUGACUGCGGAGAGACUCGAUGUGAUGGUCUAAGGUUGUGGCACCCACUCAUAAAAUGAAAGCAUCUCUAGACAGUAGCGACUCAGACCAGCAAAUGGAUAUCUGCAAAGACAGCGAAGAGGAGACGCUUCGCCGCUCUGGUCGCCAGAAGAACCCCACGGAGAAGAUGCUUGCAUUUCAGAGAGAGGAGGCUCACAAAAAGGAGAAAAGGCUCACUCACUUUUAUGAACUAUGGAAGACCCAAGCACGUAAGACUAGAGAGCAAUUAAAGUCAAACAUUCCUGAAAAUGAGAUUGCAGCUCUUAUAGACACACUAGAAGAAGGAAUGUCGGAUGUUAUUCGCAUCUAUAUGGAAAUCAGAGAUCACCUCACUCCAUCCAGUGAGACAAGACGUCGGAUUGAUGCCUGUGAAGCAGUGACGAGGGACAUUGUUAGAAUUGCAUAUGAAAGGAUAACAGGCAUAGAUGGAGAAUUUGACAGUGAAGCAGUAAAACAACGACUGUGUGAGCUGCUUAACAGAGACUAUGCUCGCUCUAUCUAUGGAUCCACAGCCUCACCUUCAAGUCGACACUCCAGCCAAAACUCUGUGAGCUCCAUCGUAACUGCUAAAAGGGCAGAUGCGGCGGCAGACUUAGCAGCAAAGGAAGCAGAGUAUGAAGGUUUAUUGGAGGAGGAAAGACAAAAGGAAAAAAUUCAACUCCUAGAGGAAAAGCAGAGAAAAGAACUUGAAACUCAGAAACGUGAGUUGGAAAGACUAAAGGCAGAGAAGGAUAUAAGAGCUGCCCGAGCUAGGUUGAUAACCUAUAACAAAGAAGUAAUGCAGGAAGCUAGUGUCCUUUCCACUGAUCACAGCAUUGGUGAACAACGGUACAUGUCCCUACAGCAACCUGUGUCUUCAGCUCCCAUCCAGCAGCCUGCAUAUGUCACAACGACAUCAUCACCUCCACAGACAGAUGUGACCUACCUGGCUCAAGCAGUCCAAGAUAGCAUAACUCUGAACAGGCUCCCGAUGCCAGAACCAUCUUUAUUCACUGGUGACCCAAUCCAGUUUAUCGAGUGGAAAGCCUCAUUCAUAUCGCUCAUAGACAAAAGGAAUAUUUCCUCAGCUGACAAACUGCAUUAUCUGAGAAAGUAUGUGGGAGGUCCAGCUCGAAAGACACUCGAUGGUAUCUUUUAUAGAAGUGAUGACAAUGCUUAUAAAGAUGCAUGGAACCGUCUCAACGGAAGGUAUGGUCAGCCCUUCAUUAUUCAGAGAGCUUUUAGAGAAAAACUGGCAAAGUGGCCAAGGAUUCAGCCAAAGGAUGCCGAAGGACUGAGAACAUUUGCUGAUUUCCUACACUCAUGUCAAGAAGCCAUACCUCAUGUUAAAGGGCUUGAUAUUUUGAAUGACUGUGAAGAAAAUCAAAAACUGAUUCAAAAACUUCCAGAUUGGGCAGCAUCGCAGUGGAACCGAAAAGUCACACAAUCCUUGAAAGACAGGCAGGAGUUUCCUAACUUCCAGGACUUUGUCGGCUUCAUGUUAAUGGAGGCAGAGAUCGCCUGUAAUCCUAUCACCUCAUUCCAAGCCCUCCACUCAUCACAGCCCAAUGUAGAUAAACAUUAUCUGAAGGAAAGGAAGUCUAAAUCCAGUGUUUUCCAUACACAGACAGUUACAGAGGCUGAAACUCCAGAGCAGUUAAAAACAGAUUUAAAGCCACCAUGCAUGUUCUGUCAGGACUUUAAACAUCGCCUGCACUGCUGUCCUGGGUUCAAAAGAAAAUCUCUGGAUGAAAGAAGAAAAUAUGUAAAAGAAAAGAGACUAUGCUUUGGUUGUCUGAAGCCAGGACAUAACGCAAAAGACUGUCGUCACCGACACUCAUGUGACAGCUGCAAAGGAAGACAUCCUACACUCCUACAUGACGACGGCUACACUAAAACCAAAACCAUACCAGUUCCAAAUCAGAUCAGCGGAGACGAAGCAGCAACCACAUUGUCUCUCAGCGUGGAAACAGAGGAACCAUCGGCUAACACUUCAAUGAUCGUGCCAGUGUGGGUUUCCUCCAUCAGUAAUCCAGGUAUGGAAAGGCUUGUUUAUGCUCUUCUGGACACUCAGAGUGAUACAGUUUUCAUUGAACAGGAAGUUAACAACAGCUUACAAACUGAGACACAUCCUGUGAGACUGAAGCUAACUACAAUGAUUGGUAAAGAUGCACUAAUACACAGUCAAAGGGUCUCAGGUCUCAGAGUGAGAGGUUACUACUCCAACAUCCUCAUUGAUCUCCCUCCUACAUACACAAAGGACUGCAUACCAGUGAACAGAACACACAUUCCUACCUGUGAAACGGCAAGGCACUGGAAUCAUCUCACCACAAUAGCAGAUGAAAUCCCACCACAGCUAGAAUGUGAAGUUGGUCUUUUGAUAGGCUACAAUUGCUCAAGGGCACUGGCACCACGGCAGGUAAUACAUGGAGGAGAUGGUGAACCCUACGCAGUUCGCACAGACUUAGGAUGGAGUAUUGUAGGUUGUUCAUCACCACACCAUGACUCACCAAGCAUCACCAACAUGUGCCACAGAGUAGUUAUAAAAGAGUUUCCUCCAGUGACUCCAGCUGAUGCAAUCAGAGUUCUGGAGUCUGACUUUAAGGAUACCAGUAAGGAUGGAAAGGCUGUGUCUCAGGAUGACAUCCUCUUUCUGAAUGUGCUAAAGGAAGGAAUUCAGAUGAACACCCAAGGUCACUAUGAGAUGCCACUCCCCUUUAAAGAAAGACCCUACCUCCCUGACAAUAAACAACUAGCCGUUGUCCGGCUCAGUCAUGUUAAAAGAAAGCUGCUGAGAGAUGAAAAGUACAAGGAACAUUAUGUGAAGUUCAUGAACGAGGUGAUUGAAAAGGGUGAGGCAGCGGAAGUAUGUGAGCAAGGAAAGAAAGGAGAGAAGUGGUAUAUUCCCCAUCAUGGAGUCUAUCACUCCAAAAAACCUGACAAACUUCGUGUGGUUUUUGAUUGCUCCGCUAAAUACAAGGGAACAAGCCUGAAUGACCAUCUUCUGUCAGGCCCAGACUUACUGAAUAGCCUAAUCGGUGUACUCAUCAGAUUCAGACAGCACCAUGUAGCACUGAUGUGCGAUAUUGAAAAAAUGUUUCAUCAGUUCCAUGUGUGUGAAGCUGACAGAGACUAUCUACGUUUCCUCUGGUGGAAAAAUGGCGACCUGCAUGCGGACCCACAGGAGUUCCACAUGAAGGUUCAUCUGUUUGGUGCUGCAUCCUCACCAGGAUGCGCCAACUAUGGACUGAAACAACUUGCUAAAGAUCAUGAGACCCAAUUUCCCCUUGGCUCUGAGUUCAUCAUGAAAGACUUUUACGUUGAUGACGGUGUCACCAGCACAGCAAGCGUAGAUGAAGCUAUUCAGCUUGCAAAGGAAGCUCAGGAGCUCUGUUCUAUGGGUGGGUUGAGGCUGCAUAAGUUUGUGUGCAACAACAGAUCAGUACUGGAUAGUAUUCCGUCAACGGAGCAUGCUACUGAAGUGAAGGCUCCAAACCUGGCCUUCAACGAUUCAACGCUUGAGAGGGCCUUAGGUAUCCACUGGCACAUUGAAUCGGAUACUUUCAGAUUUCGUGUCUGCCUUAAAGACCAGCCAGCAACACGACGUGGCAUACUAUCAACAGUAGCCUCCCUCUAUGAUCCACUGGGCUUUGUUGCCCCUUUUCUGCUCACCGGGAAAAAGGUGCUUCAGGAAAUGUGCAGGCAUGGCACAAGCUGGGAUGACCCCCUCCCCAGUGAACUGCAACCAGUAUGGGAGCGCUGGAAGAAUGAUCUUGCAAAUUUGGAGGAAAUCACCAUACCGCGCUGCUAUGUGCCCGUCGGCUUUGGAAAAGUCAUUAAAAAAGAGCUACAUCACUUUUCCGAUGCAAGCACAUAUGGUUAUGGCCAGUGUUCUUACUUGAGAUAUGUAAAUGAAGAUGAAGGUGUUCACUGUGCUCUGGUUAUGGGAAAGUCCAGAGUAGCUCCUAUUAAAGUCACGACUAUCCCCAGGCUGGAGCUGACAGCUGCUGUUGUGUCGGUCGCAGCAAGCAACACCCUAAAGGAGGAGCUUGGUUUGGCCGAUAUUGAUGAAUACUUCUGGACGGACUCCAAAGUGGUCUUGGGGUACAUCAAUAACGAGGCACGUCGUUUCCAUACAUUCGUAUCAAACCGAGUACAGAAAAUACACCUCAGCACAGCACCCCAGCAGUGGAGAUACGUCUCUACCAACAAUAACCCAGCAGAUCUUGCCUCUAGAGGUUCAAAUGCAAGUGAGAUUCUCACAUCAAGGUGGCUCUCAGGACCUCACUUCCUAUGGGAGAAGGAGAUUCCCCCAGCUGUAGAUGUCGUCACUGAAGUACAGAUUGGAGAUCCUGAAGUCAAAAGGAUUCAGACACUACACACAUGGACAUCUGAACAAGUGAGUCUUUCUGAUCGCUUGUCAAGGUUUUCUACGUGGUCAAGAGCAACUCAAGCCAUUGCUCGUCUCAUCCGUCGUGCUAGGGGUGAUAAAUCAACAGAUCACAGCACUGUGCAGGAACGAGAGGACGCAUGGUGCAUCAUCAUAAAGGACCUUCAGACACAAAUGGACUCCUCAAGGUGGGAGGAAGGUUAA